UCUUUGCUGUUUCUACUUUGUUCAGAUCAUGUUUGUCAUGACAGAUCUGCAAUAAUACAAAAUGCGUGGGGACGGGUGUCGCCGCUUCUUUUGCGCGGUUUUGGCAGCGCUCGUAUGCUUCGGACUACGUUGGAUUUCUUCUGUUGCUGGUUGCCUACUUGCUGAUCCAAUUCUUUGUCGAGCCCUUUCAUCGCAUGUUCUUCCUGGACAACCUCGCCAUUCAAUAUCCGCACGCCGAAGUUGAGCGAGUAUCAGUCUUUUGGCUCUUCGUAUAUGCGCUCUUUAUCCCCAUCGGCGUCAUUCUUCUCCUUACUCUGCUCAUCUCGCCCUCUCCGCACAAGACCCAUGUCGCUCUCCUCGGCCUAGCUAUAUCUUUCAUCCUGGCUUCCUUCAUCACCGACGUAAUCAAAAACGCUGUUGGCCGGCCUAGGCCAGAUCUUAUCGCCAGAUGUAAACCGCGGAAGGGUACUCCUGCGCAUCAAUUAGUCACAUACGAGGUGUGCACCGAAACGAACCACCAUGUUUUGCAUGACGGGUGGCGAAGUUUCCCAAGCGGACACAGUAGCAGUGCUUUCUCUGGCCUGGGUUACCUCAGCAUGUUUGUGGCUGGGCAACUGCAUGUGUUGCGCCCCCGAACGGACUUAGCAAAAGCUCUGGUAGCCAUAGCACCUCUUCUGGGGGCUGCACUGAUCGCCAUUUCCCGCUGUGAAGACUACAGACACGACGUGUGGGAUGUCAGUGCUGGGAGUGCGAUUGGCUUCGUCGUUGCUUUGUUCUCUUACAAGAGAUACUUCCCUCCGCUGAGGAAGCGAAACUGCGACGUACCGUAUCCUACGCCAUGUGAGAUGGCAACAAGACAGAAGGGCAAAACAAAGGCGAGAGCAAGGGAUGAAGAGGAGGAGCUGGCAGACGCUGGAGAUUUCGAAAUUGGCGAGAGCGAGAACGAAGACGGCGACAAGGAGCCGGAAAGGUUGCCGCUCACGUCUGUAAGGCCGUCAUGACUAUCUAGCUUAUUGUACGGAACAUUCAAUUUAGUCACGCGCAUGUAAUUGAGCCUGCGGUUCUGCACG